GGGGCUGCUGCGACAUACUUAAAGAGUUUGUAUGAUGCUGCCAUGAGGGCAAAAAAGGGCAAGCUGGAGGCUCACAAAGAUCUCUGCCGAAGGCAGGGAAGGAUGAGAGAUGUAAGUUGUUUCCAUUAUGAUACACUUGUACAUGCAAUAACACAUUUAUAAAGUACUAAAAAUUACCAUGAUUAGUUUUUCCUUUUGGUUGCUAAGCAUAAACAACAUCCAGUAGCAUUACUGUUUACAAGAAUAUAUGUAAAUACAUGUACACACAAAACUUGCGUGUAAGAACCUUUAUUUGUUAAGUCCAACAAAAUAGAUUCUUGCAUUUAGGGAUAGUAAUUGAAAGUUCUUAAUUUUUAUGAAGAAAUUUGUUGUUGACUAUCAGAAAAUAAAUAAACAAACUCACCGGGUAAUUUCUAACACUGCAAUCUUACACCCAAACUUUAUCAUAAAUAAAUUUAACUGUAAGCCACUUAUGAGAACCUGCCUGACCUUUCCUGGCUAAACAGGUUCAUAUAUUUUAUAAAAUUGCAAUUUUUCUGCCAGUAGGUUCUUAAACCAGUAAGUUAUUUUACUCAGGUUUCUAACCGUAUCGUCAUGUUACAGAUACAAGCAUCUUUUGAAAGGAAACAAUUGGUGCUGCACUUGUUAACCUUGUGCUAUUUUGACUUUCCUAGAAAACUCAGAAGAGGCUGGUAACACUGAAGACCAUGCCCUGGUCAAAUGAGAAAAAGGCACAGGUUGAAGAAGCUGUAGGGAGCCUAGCGUACACAAGCUCAGAUGAGUCUGACUUUUCUGAGGAUGAAAGUGGUCAGAGCAAGUUAAGCAGAUACCUUGUCAAAAGGCUUCCAUGGGAGAGGACUUCUCUAACUAAAGCUAAGAGAGAGCUUGAUGAGGCUUAUUCCAGAAGCCUCGAAUCCAAAAGGGUACACCUGGUGACAAGACGCCCGCACCCAAUGCCAUCAACAAGACGCCGACCCACUGAGCCUCUAGAAUGGGCAGUCAGGGCUGAGAAUCCAGCCCCUACACCUGGCACCCGGCCAUCUUCAUCUACAUGUACUAGAACUCCAAGUCAUCCUACGCCAGCAGUUAUACCACCCACCAGCACCCGUCCUCCUUCAUCUGGAACUCCACCUACCCGCACCCGUCCUCCUUCAUCUGGAACUCCACCUACACGCACCCAUCCUCCUUCAUCUGGAACUCAACCUACCCGCACCUGUCCUCCUUCAUCUGGAACUCCACCUAACAGCACCCAUCCUCCUUCAUCUGGAACUCCACCUUCCCGUACCCGUCCUCCAACAACUGGAAGUCCACCCACCCGCCCUUCUCCUUCAUCUUGUCCAGCAAGAACUACAACUCCAUCCCCCAGUACCAGUUCUGCCCGUCUGCCAGCAACAGUGACGCCAUCCCCCAGCACCCUUUCUUCAAGAUCUGGAACUUCAUCCCUCUUACCUGACUGUAGCUCCACUCCCAAGACAUCCAAACCAAAAAAAACUUUAAAGUCAAAAAAGGACGUGGCCCAUAGGCGUUCUGCUUCGCCAGCUUAUUGA